GUCACUGGGCGGAAAGCUCUUCCGGCGAAGAAGGUCAACGCGAUGUCUGGGCCUAGCGUCGAAAGAGACGCCUCGAUCCCCGCUCUGGCGCAACCCGCUCCCCGGAAAGCGCUUUUCAGCGGCUGCUGGGGCUGUCGGGUUACCUGCGGGGCCGGGCUGCUGUGCGCCGGGGGCUACGUCUUCAUGGCCGCCCGGACUGUCUUAAAGAGAGGGGGUCCCGCCAGAGUGGGGACGGUGGCACAGAUCUUUUUUUCUGCGUGUUUGGCAUCGUGGGGGAUUGUGAUCCUCGCUGAUCCGGUUGGAAAAUCUCAGAGGAAAACCUGAAAAAAAAGAGUGUGUUUCGUUCUCUUGUAUGACAGACCCCACCGCACCCCGACACAUCAAAGACUGUCAGAGAACGACUCUGAAAAAAAACGAGGCUCACAACGAGGUUCGUUCAGCGAUCGCUUUUAAUUGGCCAGCGCGAGAAGCGAAGCAAAGAGUUAUAAUUAAGAACAGUAAAUCAAGGAUUGAGAAACCAAAAAAAAAAUAAAACUAAUAAUAAUAAUAAUAAUAAUUCAAGUCCAAUUAUUAUUCACCAUUUUGUACAAACUGCU